AGCUGAAGGGUGUGGCUCUUCAUUGUUCUGGCAAGGGAUAUUUUUCAGUUUGGCUAGGAGCUCUGGGCCACAGGGAUGGUUCAACAUGGCUAAGGUUGCCAGGAAACCAGAGGAACGUAGAAAAGUUAUGGAACAAGCAACCGCAAGCACAAAACAAACAACUUCAACCACAAAACGGAGAAAGAAGAGGAAGAACCCCUAUCAACCCAGGUCCAGAGAUGGUGGCAAGGUGAAGAAGAUACAAAGGGAAAUAAAAAGACUGCUUCAUGGGAGUUCAAGAAAAAAAUCCUCUUGCACUAGUAUAGAAAUUCCAAGAAAGGUGAAGAGAGUGAAAAGGGCCAAGAAGUUUCGGCCAUUAACAAAAUGA